ACAUUAUGGUUGUUUGAUGGCACUAUAAAUUUAAGUUUUAGUUCGUCAAACGACAUUUCACUUCAGGUAUUAACACAGAAUACCUGCAUAGGUAGACAAAAUAAUGUUAUGGAAUAUUACGAUUUGUUUUUUUAUUUUCGUAAAACUACACGAAGCGGCAAACAUAUUGGUCGUUAUUCCUUAUGCGGUCACAUCUCAUUACAAAAUGCAGAGGCCGAUUGGAUUAGAAUUAGCUCGAAGGGGCCACAAUGUUACGGUUAUAACACCGUACUUAGAACUAGAUUGUCCACCGACGUAUCAUCAGGUGAAAGUCAGCGAAAAAAAAAUAUGGACGGUUAUUGAUAAACGGUGGGAAGAUCUAUCUAACGUAGUUAAAGUUACAUCCGUAGACUUUCACAGUAAUAUCCUUUGGACAGGCGGAUUGGCUUUAACGAAGACGACUCUAAAGAAUCCAGAUGUACAGAAAUUCCUAACUAACAAUCAGACUUUUGAUGCCGUUAUUAGCGAACAAUUUUAUCAAGAAGCUACAUACAUUUUUGCUCAUAAAUAUAAAGCUCCUUUAAUUCUUAUCACUACUUUUGGAAGUUCGAUAAAGCAUAAUGUGGCAACUAGAAAUCCUUUACAAUUGGCUACGUUAGUCAACGAAUUUGUGGAAAUAAAGUCACCAAAUUUUUUUAAGGGGAGACUCUGGAAUUUGUUAUUUUCAAGCUACGAAUACAUUUGGUGGAGAUUCUGGUUUUUGAAGAAGCAAGAGGAACUAGUAGAAAAAUACGUUCCAAAUUUACCUCAACCAUCUCCGAGCCUUUAUGAACUACAGCAGAAUGUUUCUUUGUAUCUUAUGAACACACAUUUUAGUUUCGAUCCUCCUGCUGCUUAUUUGCCCAAUUUUAUUGAAAUCGGCGGUAUUCAUCUGAAUGAAGAAGUCGAAAAACUACCACAAGACAUCCAAAGAAUAUUAGACGAAGCAAGCAAUGGAGUUGUGUAUGUAAAUUUUGGAUCUAAUAUUAAGAGUUCAGAAUUGCCUAUUGAAAAGAAGAACGCGCUAAUCAACGUAUUUAAGAGCUUAAACCAAACGGUGCUAUGGAAAUGGGAAGACGACAAUUUUGGCAACCAAACUGCUAACAUUAAGACGCGAAAGUGGCUGCCACAAAACGAAAUCUUAGCUCACCAAAAUGUGAGAAUAUUUAUAUCACACGGUGGUUUAAUGGGAACCAUUGAAGCAAUUUUCCACGGAGUUCCCAUUAUUGGUAUUCCAUUGUUCGGAGAUCAAUACAAUAACCUACUACAAGUAGAAAAUGCAGGAUCUGGUAUCAUUCUUGAAUAUCACAACUUAAAUGAAAACAAUAUGCGUUCUCUGAUAAACCAUGUUCUCAGUAAUGAAAAGUACAAAAAUAAUGCUAGAGAUCUAUCGAUAAGGUUUAGAGAUAGACCAAUUAAAGCUCUAGACGCUGCAAUGUAUUGGAUCGAAUACGUUAUAAGACACCAAGGGGCUCAUUUCAUGAAAAAUCCCGCAUUAAAAUUGAAUUGGUUUGCCUACAACAUGUUUGAUGUUUAUCUUUUCAUUUUAUGUGUAUUUAUAAUUAGCGUGUACGUAAGUUAUAGAUGUUUAAAGUUUUUAGUUUAUUUUCGUAUAAAUACAAGGUUUGAUAGAAAAUUGUGUGGGAAAGUUAAAUUUCAAUAA